UGAAAUGGAUAUCCUUGAUUAUUCUUAUUGGAAUAAUAUUUCUAAAUAUCUUGGUGGUAGUGUUAUUAGUAUCAAGAAAACCAAAAUCUAGAAUGAGAUUUUUUGUGGCAAACUUGGCAAUUGCAGAUCUUUGCGUGGGAGUGUUUUUUGUACUGCCUGAAACUCUUUUCAAUUGGUUUGAUGUCUCAUGGAAUCCAUACGCGUGUUAUAUUCUGUACGUGUAUUUCUCAAUGGUUCCAUUUUAUGUGUCAACAUAUGCAAUCGUAGUUUUAUCUAUUGACCGUGCAUAUGUUAUUUUAAAACCAUUUGCGUCUGCAUCUAAAGGCAAACUAUACCGAUAUGGACUGGCAAUGUCCUCAUGGAUGAUUGGAUGUAUCCUUGCAAUUCCUUACGGUGUCUUUGGUAUAUAUAGCGAAGAGGAAGUUUACUGUUCACAUGAGGCUCCAAGCUUAGUGAUGCUAUACUUGGAUCUGUGUACUAUAAUCAUAAUUCCACUGUUGAUAAUAAGUGUGUGCUACAUAAUCAUCAUCAUCAAACUUUGUAAACUAAAAAGAGGUGAAAUUAUUCCAAAUAAAGAUUCAGAUGAUGAUUGUAAUAUAGAUGUUAAACACCAAGCUACAACAAAGGCCAAGGUCAGAACUAUCAAACUAGUAUGUGUUGUCUUUUUUGCAUAUAUUAUUUGUUGGUCCCCAAUUACAAUUGCAGCCAUUAUGCUUCAUCAUAAUCUUGCACAAUAUGGACUAUGGUUUAUUGUACUUUAUAUGCUUGCUCCGUUGAACAGCCUGGUAAAUGCACUGGUGUUUCUGAUUUUCAACCAGAAAAUGUUUCGGCGUAAAAAGAAAAAGGGUUUUAGCAGAACUACGUUUGAUGCAGAAACUGAGAGAGUAACAUUGUGCAGCUAGAUGUACACUGAUUAGAAUCAGAGGCAUGAUUUGUGAAAGCUUCAUUUGUUCCAGGUGAUAGAACAUUUGUGGUUUCACUGUUAUGGAUAGCUUUUGUAUUGCAAAUAUACUAGUUACGAACAUUACACAAUCAAAGUAGAAUUUCUACUUAUGAAACUAUUUGUAUACUGACUAUUAAAAUGAAGAUUUAUAAA